GGUGCCUGAGCCGGGGAUGCUCCCUCCUGGCCGCUGGCGCCGCCUGGCCCGCAACGACGUGCGGAGGCUCUGAUGGCAGGGGCGUCUGCUGAAGUGGACGGAGUGGACGACGGGGGCGUCCCCGGAGCCAGCCAUGGGCGGGCGAGCGCUGGUGGGCGCGCUCAGCCUGUGCCUCAGCCUCUGCUCCCUGGCGCUGCUUGUCACAGCCAUUUUCACUGACCACUGGUACGAGACCGACCCCCGGCGCCACCGGGAGAGCUGUGAGCACCGCGCCGGCAGCGCCCACCCGCCCGAGCAACGCCGACGCCUCCUGCCGCUGCCGCACUUGCCCUUGCGAGGCGCCAAGCAGAGGCUUCCGCGCGGCGGCGCCUGGGAGGCGGCAGCGGCAGCACCAGCGGAGCCUCCCCCGGGCGACCUGCUCCUGCUGGACAACUGGCCAGCCCUCCUGGGGCUCGGGGUGCUGCAGUCCCGUUGUGGCCGCCCGCUCUUCGCCACUUACGCCGGCCUCUGGAGAAAAUGCUAUUUGCUGGGCGUCGACAGAGACCUAGACAGCCUGGUGGAGCGAGGUAUUGCUCAAAGAUGCACAACAAUCAAGUACCACUUCUCUGUGCCAAUACGUUUACAGAACAUCCCAUUCAAUUUAACCAGGACCAUUCAGCAGGAUGAAUGGCAUUUGCUACAUCUAAGAAGAAUCACAGCUGGUUUUCUUGGGAUGGCAGCAGCUGUUCUUCUUUGUGGGUGUAUUGUAACAACAGUCAGUUUCUUUUGGGAAGAAAGCCUCACUCAGCACGUUGCAGGGCUUCUUUUCCUCAUGUCAGGCAUCUUUUGCACUAUUUCCCUCUGUACUUAUGCAGCAAGUAUCUCCUAUGAACUAAACCGCUUACCCAAAUUCAUCUACGGUCUUCCGGAUGAUGUUGAACAUGGAUACAGCUGGUCUAUAUUCUGUGCCUGGUGCAGUUUAGGACUCAUAGUAGCAUCAGGAUGUCUUUGCACCACUUAUCCAUUGAUCAGCAGGAAAAAGAUUAGCCAUCUAAAAUCUACCAGAGACUCUUCUGUAUGACUGGUUAUUGGGAGAUAAUCUCUUCUUCCCUUGGGAGGUGGCAAGUGAAGAGUAGUCUUCAAGGAUUUACAAGGAAACUAAAUUUACAACUCCAAGCACAAAAGCCUGAUCCCUUAAAAUGCCAAACAUCGUGUCUUACUAGUCAGGAAACGAGGAUGUCUUCUUUGCCUUCAGGGUGGCUGAAACUAAAAGUUCAGACAACAGGUGUUCUUGUGGAACUGACAACUAAAAUUCAGCACACUGUAUAUGCACACAACAUGAGAGGGGGCAGUUCCCACUCAGAUAAGAAAACUGUGUUAAGAAUUUAGGGCUGUUUUUAUUAAUUGGAGGUUUGUAUAUAACAACUAACAACAAAAACAAACCACUACUGCCAAAAGCACGCUGUGGUAAGAAUAUCCCUCUAUGAUCCUUAGUCAAUCUCACACCUGAAUUAUGGGUGUGUGAUUCAGCUUGGGAAUACUGAAUAUAUAUUCAAAAAACUAUUCAGAAUUAUUUGUGUAUAUCCAGAUGUAUUUGGCAUAUUCUGAUGUACUGGUAUUUUGCAUUACUGAGUUAUCUGGAUAUAUUCAGGAAUAUCUGCAAAUCGCAUUUGAAAGGUUGCAGCAGCUAGUCCCCCCUUUUACAGGCUUCCCAGGCACUGAGAGGAUGGGGAGGGAGGCAGCAUUUGUGUAUGUCUGUGUCAGUGUUGUUUGCUUGCCAUAUGCCAUUGCCAGGUCUGGCUGCUGCCUUGGUAUUACUGGCUUGCUGGGUUCGAUGAUGAGAUUCUUUGGUUUGACAUUGGUUGUGGUGGGCUUGUAUUGGCCCUGUGCUCUGCCUGGCAUCUUUGAGUGAUACUGGUUCUGUUGGGCUUGUAAUAGUGUCCCUUGUUUGGUUCUGGUGGGAUUCUCUGGUUUGGCAUUGGUUCUGUUGGACUUUGUUGGUUCUGUUUGCAUUGGGAGUCUUUUGGUCAUUGGUUGCUGUUGUGUGUUGGCUAAGGCUUCCUGUGUCCUGGAAAAGCCUUAGAUUCCCCGCCCCCCCAAUAGGAAACAAUGGAAAGUGGCUGGAGACAGCUUGUUCAGGGGCCUAUAGAAUUGGACUCUUUGGCCAAUUCAGUUAAAACUCUGGGAGUCUUUAGCAGGCAGGCAGGAUUAGAUUCCUUGCAAGUUUGGUGUUGUUUGCUGGAAAAUGGCCCUAACAGCCCCUCGGAAAGAUUUCCUCACAGGGAAUAAUGAAGGUGAAUAUACUAAUUCCAAAUAUAUAAAUAUAUUUCUGAAUUCUGUACUGGUAUUUUUGGACCCAAAUAUCAGGAAUAGUAAAUACAUAUGGUAUUCCAAAUACCUUAAUCUGAAUAAUUUCUCUUUUUUGUGGCAUACCCCUAACUUGAAUUUAAAAGUUUUUAAAAAUGUGAAAUAGUCUUCAGACCUCUUCUAAGUAGCAUUAGACUUUACCAAGUGGUAGCAUGUAGGAGCCUUCUUGAAGAGUUCUGAUGUUAUGAAUGAUUGGGAGGGCAGUGGACAAAGAGCUGGGGGAGUAAGACUUCCAGAACCAGGUGAGACCUAAGAGCAAGCCAUUCAGAUUUUACCAGCUGGUCCCGUGGUGCAAGUUAAAAAGACUGUUUUUGACUCUUCUGUGAUAGCAACAUUCCUGCUCAUAAAACAUCUCUUUAAAAUACCCUAGUUUUUCAGAUUAAACCAAAUGGCAUAAUGUAAACAAGAUUAUUUGUAUGGCAGGGAUGUUUGUUAGCACUGUUGGAAGUAAUACCUGUUGUAACAUCCUCAGUCUUUGUUUCAAAAGGUUCAGUAUUAAAGCAUCUCCUUUCUGUUAACAGUG